CAAAACUACUUGCUGCCAGUCGUAGUUAUCAUCCAGCCCACGAACCAUCUUCACUAAAAAGUGAAGUUAGCUCAUGCUGAUUGCCGGCCGUCAGUGACUAGCUAAUUGACCGGCUAGCUACUGUACAGAGGUCUCCCGGACUUUGAUCACAAUGGGGGUGAAAGACCACCCUCAGUGUUACUUUGAUGUGGAGCUCAACCGGGAGCCAGUUGGGCGCAUUGUCUUUCAACUUUUUUCGGAUAUUUGUCCCAAGACAAGCAAAAACUUUCUCUGUUUGUGCACUGGUGAAAAGGGAACUGGCAAAAUCACAGGGAAAAAGCUGUGCUACAAAGGCUCCACAUUUCACAGAGUUGUAAAGAACUUCAUGAUCCAAGGAGGCGACUUCACCGAGGGAAAUGGAAGAGGAGGAGAGUCCAUAUAUGGUGGCUACUUUGAAGAUGAGAACUUCACUCUCAAACACGACAGAGCCUUCCUGUUGUCGAUGGCCAAUCGUGGGAAGGACACCAACGGUUCGCAGUUUUUCAUCACAACCAAGAUGGCUCCACAUCUUGAUGGAGUCCACGUCGUCUUUGGUCUUGUCAUCUCCGGCUUCGAAGUGAUAAAGAAGAUCGAGGGGCUGAAGACUGAUUCAGCCAGCAGACCCUACGCUGAUGUGAGAGUGGUGGACUGUGGUCAGCUAAUCACAAAGUCUGCAAAUGAUGUACUUGAAGGCAAGAGGAAAAGAACCUCACAUUCUGCUGACUCAUCCCUCAACUCCCGUGACUCGUCCUCUCAGUUCUCCUCUUCGGUGGAAUCUGAAAGUGAAUCUGAUGAAAAGCACAAGCAUCGCAAGCACAAGAGACACGCGAAGAGUAAACGGUCAAAAAAGAGAAGGAGGGAAUCAAAAAAGGAGAAGAACACUGAUGCUCUGCCUUUCAAACAAAGUUCUGAGGAAAGACAGAUGCUAGAGGGAGAGAAUGAAAUGGAAGGAGAGAAGGAGCCUGGUGGGAAGAGAGAGAAGCCUGUUGUCCGACCGGAGGAAAUCCCACCAGUCCCAGAGAACCGCUUCCUGCUGCGGCGGGACAUGCCAUCUCAGGAGGAUAAAACAGAGAUAGUUGAGAAAGAAGAAUCAUCUGUUUCAACUGAUCACAAACCAGCAGUGUCGAAGUCUGGACGGAAGAUCAAAGGCAGAGGAACAAUGAGAUAUCACACUCCCACAAGAUCUAAAUCACGCUCUGCAUCUGUGGAAGAACGUGGUAGCAGUGAAACUCCGCCACACUGGAAAGAAGAGAUGAAGAGAACCAAAGUUUAUCAACCGCCAAGCAUUGAGAGAUGGAGCAAAGGAGACAAAUUGAAUGACCGUUCCUCAAGCAGAUGGGACGACAGAAGUGACUCGGCACGGUCCCGAUCUACAGGACGCUCUUCAGACCGCAGCUCCGAGAGGUCCAGCCUGCGCCGCCAGCAGAAGAAAGAGAAGAAGAAAGCGAAACACAAGAAGAAGGCUAAAAAACGGAAACGCAGCAAGAAGAAGAGCUCCAAGAGCAAACCUCAGGAGACUUACCUGUCAGAGGGUGAAAGGUCAGUUUCUUCAGGGAGAAAGUCCAGAAGAUCCCGCUCUCCGUCUCGUUCCUCUUCAGGUCAGCGGCAUUCAUCAGCUCGGAGGAGGCGGCGGUGCUCGCUGUCUUUCAGAGACUCACGGUCCUACUCUAGAUCCUACACAUCUAGUCGAUCUAGAUCUCGAGGGAGGUCUUAUUCAAGAUCGAGAAGCCUGACUAGGUCUAGAAGUCGGUCAAGGUCCAGAUCUUCGUCCUAUUCUAGGUCCAGGUCAAGAUCAAGAUCCAGGUACAGAUCCAGGUCUAUGUCUCCAUCCAGAAGGAGGAGUUCAUCUAGAUCCCCAAGAAAGAGGAAAGCCAGCAAGACCAAAACAGACACCACAAUUCAUGUGACUGAAAAGCUUCCUGAGAGCAAAGCCACACCCGUCCCCAGACUCCCAGCUGUCCCUGCUCCUGAAAGCGUCCCUGUGAUCCCACUGAGCGACAGUCCUCCUCCUUCACGCUGGAAACCCGGUCAAAAGCCCUGGAAGCCCUCUUACAUCCAAAUUCAGGAAAUUAAAUCUAAAGUAGCUCCCAGUGCUCUCUCCUCCACUGGUCAAGCAGUUGAUAGCGUUUCAGACAAAGCUCAGACUUCAGUUACACCAAAGUCUCUGCCAGGUGACUCUGAAAGCGACAAAGCAAAGAAACCUGCAGGGCACUCACGCAGCAGGUCCCCCAGAAGCAAGUCCUACAGCCGAUCAUAUAGUCGCUCACGGAGUAGAAGUUACAGUAGGUCCAGGUCCAGAUCCCCUCAUCGGUAUCGCAGCAGGUCAUCGUCCUACAGCAGAUCAGACUCCGAAAACUCCCAGAAAACAAGCAGCAACAAGAAGAAUUCACUUGAAAAGGAAUGGAAAGAGUAUUACAGCUCUCUGAGGAGGAUAAAAAAUUUAGAUAAGUACAUUUCACUCGCCAGUAGUCAAGAUGCUCAUUCAGGAUCAGAGAACAGGACAAGCAGUGAGCAUAGUCCUGAUAUCAGCGUCUCAAGGAGAAGUGGCUCUUUGGAGAAAAUAAAAGAGAAGAGCAGCUCACAAGAUCAAGAGACAAAAAAUUACAGCUCAGUGCCAGUGGAGAGCUUUAAUAGCAGGUCUGAAUGGGAUAGCGACAGUGAUAAAGUGAGCCAAAGCAACAGCAAUGUCCCAUCAAAAAAGCAGAAACUAAAAGCUCCGUCCAGUGCCGUUGUUGACAAGAAGUUGUCGGCUUUUACUGGAUGGAAUUCAGAAAGUGACCCUGAAAACAUGACAGCCAGGACAUUAGCCAUAUCUGAAAAAGAGGAAGGGGAGGCUAGUUCAGAAUCAGACUAUGAGACUUCCAGAAAGACGUCAGAGGCGGUGAUUGCUUUAGCACAAAAGAUCAUCACUGCAGCCGCUGCCGCCGCCACCACUACCACCGCUGCUGCUGCUGCUUCUGCUUCUGCGUCUGGUCCAUCAGAGGAAAGUCCUGAAAAGGCCACGGAGCCAGAGAAGCACAAAAGCAAGAAGAAAGCCAAGCGCAAACAUAAACACAAGAGAAGAAGUGAGAACAAAAGUGGCUCCCGUCACAGUAAGGACAAAGGAAAGAGAUCUAAGAGGAAACAUCAGAAGCUGAAGGAGACUUUUCACUGGCAACCACCUUUAGAGUUUGGAGAGGAGGAAGAUGAAGAUGAAUCCAAAAAGGAGAAACACAGUCCUAGUAGAGCUGGCAAAGAAAGGUCUAGUGUAGGCAGCGUGAAUGAUAAGGACAAAAAUAUUGCCUCUUUAAACAAAAGCCCUAAUAGAGAAGAAGACAGGGGGCAACAGAGGGCAAAAGAUCCUAUUAAUAAAAACCCAAAACAAUCCGAACCUCAUCCGUCAUCCAACAAGAAUGGUGCUAACAAUGCUAAUUUACCCAGUAUCAAAGAGCAAGAGUCAUUAGAUGAUAUGGACAUUUGUACGCCAGAGCAUGAGAGUGAGAUUGUGGAACCUCCAGUUACACAUGAUUCUUUGAAUAACACCCCUGAAUUAACCCUAAAAUCUACCUCAAAGUCUUCAGAGAUGGCAAGUAUAGACGGUACGUUACCUCACAGCAAAGAAGAGUCUGCUGUUACCUCCACGACAACUGGUGGACUUCAGGAUGAAGCAGCCACUGGCAAACCUACCGGCACUGUAAUUAAUUUUAAAUGGAAGCCUUUGAAAGGAAUGUCAGCUGUACAAAAUGUGAAUGUUCCACCUGUCGCUGCGAAGAAAAACACCCAGAUUCAAGAGAACCAGAACCCCAACACACAAGGAGUAAGAAUGGAGAUAAAAAGUAAAAGCCGAGUCAGACCGGGAUCUCUGUUUGACGAGGUUCGAAAGACCGCACGGCUCAACCAGAGGCCGAGGAACCAGGAGAGCUCCAGUGAGGAAAGAUCCCCUUCUGCGGGAAAGACCAGGGGAACGUCUCGCACGCGGUCCCCAAAGAAGUCCAGGUCUGUGUCCAGGAAAUCUCGCUCCGCUUCCAGUCACCGAUCUCGCUCCAGAGGCUGGUCGCACUCCUACAGCAGGUCCAGGAGCAGGUCCCGCAGCUCCAGCUACUCGUCCAGGAGUCAUAGCCGGAGUUGGAGGAGACGGGGAAGAGGACGAUCACGCUCCCGCAGCAGCACAUACCGAAGUUACAGGAGUCACAGUCGGACCUACAGUAGAAGUCAUUCCAGAAGUCGCUCGUAUAAUCGCCGUCGGAGAUCCAGGUCACACUCCUAUGACAGCUAUUCCAGCCGGAGUCGGAGUGUGAGCAGGAGACGAGGGCGCAGGCGAAGUGACAGCUACAGGAGCUCAGACCGCCGAUCCCGGUCGUACCGCUCCUCUAGCCGCAGUUCGUCCAGACGCAGAAGCCACAGUCGCAGCAGUCGGUACAGCUGAGCCUCUGGCAGGUUGUUGGGUUCUCUUCUGCUGAGGCGGAACAGAACCACAAAGUCUGGACACUGUGCACAAACAAUAGCAACCACAGACCAGCAACUAAAGCGUCAAGAGGAAGUGUUCCUAGUUUAAUACCGUACUGUAUAUCCUCCCUACAUAGGCAGAUAUGAGGGUCUUUGAGUAAGUGAAUGUCAUUGAAUGCAAAUAAAUAAACCACUUUACAAGCUCACAAUAAGGCAGAUCCUUGUCUUUAGGAACUAUAACAGCUGAAAACAAUGGGAUUAAAUCCUGUCCACUCAAACAGAAAUUUUAUAAGUACCAUAUAAGCCAUACCAUUAAGAAAUAAUGGUAUGGCUUGUUACAAAUAAUGUGAGGACUAACCUGUACAUAUUUUAUAAUAUUGUAUAUUCCUUUUCUACUUCUAAUGUUUAUACACUGAAGUGUACAAAUAUAAGCCCACAAGUUUUAUUACUGUACCAUGAAUGUUAAAACUUUACUCAGAGUAUGUCUGCUUUUGAUUUCAUUCAAACAGUUCUGAAUGUUUACACAAUAAACCCUGCAGCAUCUUG